UCUUGUACACAACAGCAAACCCUUAACCCUUUUCUCCUUUUGGCCAUGGACUUCAACCCAAGCAAGUUCUCGACCAGCUUUUGGGAUCUUGGCUUGGGCAUGGAAGAUCAGACCCUCCAUGCCAAUGACCAACACCAUCAUCAUCACCCGCCUCUCACUUCACUUUGGUCCAGCAUCCAUCUCCCAUCAACCCACUUUGUGAAUGAUAGUAGCCUUGGGGCCGCGGCAAAUCAAGCCGAAGACGAGGACGACGAGGAGCCCGAAGAGGAGCUUGGAGCCAUGAAAGAGAUGAUGUACAGGAUCGCGGCGAUGCAGCCGGUGGACAUCGACCCCGCGACGAUCCGGAAGCCGAAGAGGCGGAACGUGCGCAUCAGCGACGAUCCCCAGAGCGUGGCAGCGCGCCUCCGGCGGGAAAGGAUAAGCGAGAAGAUCAGGAUCCUCCAGAGGCUCGUCCCUGGCGGGACGAAGAUGGACACAGCUUCGAUGCUGGACGAGGCUAUUCGCUAUGUCAAGUUCUUGAAGCGACAAAUCCGUUUGCUUCAACAACCAGAUAACCAAAACCCUACACCAGGUUCGGGGGCAUUCACAGGGAGCUUGGUGGGAGGGGACUGGCAUGGCGUGAUUGCACCGAGCAAACCACCCUCCACGACCUCAUCAUCUUCCUUUGAAGCACAAGUUGGAGCUAGGUUCGGAUUCUGGUCCAAUGACGGCGGCGGCGGCGGUAAUUCAUGCUUCAAUGGCCAUGAGGGCAAACGCUUCGGACUCCAUUACUGUUUCACAAGUAAACUGGGGUUUUGUGAUGAACUUUUCCAUGAGGAAGAACAUGCCCAGCUCCACUAGAUUUGUGCACCUUUCUUUCAAGGGCCUGAAGAGAAAUGUCAUCUGGGGAGCUUUCCAAGUGCCAUUUUAAGACCCAACAGGAGAGACUCUCACUUUUCUACGUCUUUUUCCAUUAAUUCAGAGCUUCAAAUCCUUGCAUGCAAGCCCGGUCGCUGUUAGUACUUGCAUCGAGUGGAGGCCAAAGGGUGUUGAAUCCUAUGACCCUUCAUUUUCCUCCCCUUUAAAUGCCUUGGGAGA